GGCAAUUUCAAGAUGGCAGUGUGGUCGGAUUCGAGACUGAGCAGGGGGCGACACCGCGGCGAAACCGGCAGCUGAACCGGCGGCACCCUGCCCGACUCCGAGCUGAGAAGGAGGUCGAGGAGGAUGCGGAGAGAGCUCUUGGCGAAUUGAGACCUAGACUUUACAGAGAAAGACAGACAGACAGGAACACUCGCUGCCACCCCCCCCCCCCCGGGUGUGGAGCCGCGGCCGCCGGCCUCCUGUCACCGUUCAUCCCGCCGCUUCCCCUCCCCUCGGCUGGGUAGUGGAGCAACUCAACGCCCCUUCCCUGCCUCCCCACCCCAACCCCCCCUCCCCCUCCCCCCCCCAGAGGAUGAUGUGUUCGGCUCCAUCUCUUCCUGCACCCGGGGCUGGCGGCGGUCUCUUCUCUUGCACCUCGCACACGGAGCCGGACUCCUCUCCUGCCGCUUGCCUUUACACGGACUCGCUGCUCUUACCGCCACCCGGCUCGGCGGCGGAUGCCCGGGCUGUUGCGACUGCUGCUGGAGGCGGCAGUGGCAGAGGAGGUGGAGGGGGGAUGGAGGACGGGGCCGGGCGUCAGCUGCUUUCAGGGAAGCUACUCGGGAACAAGUACCAACAGCUCUUCGCCGCCGCCCUGGAUCUCCAACAUAGCAGAAAUAAAAAAGCUUUGAGCAAGAAAAAACUUAAAAGGAAGCAGAAGACCAAAUCGAAAGUAAAAACACGAUCAAAGACAGAGAAUUUGGAAAAUGCUUCACCAAUUCCAGAUAUCAAAAUCCACAGCAACCCCUCAGCCUUCAAUGUUUACUGUAAUGUGCGCCAAUGUGUUCUGGAAUGGCAACGGAAAGAAGCUUCCUUGACUUUGGCCUCAAAGAAUUCAGUCCAGAGUGGAGAGUCGGACAGUGAUGAGGAAGAGGAAUUAAGGGAGCCGCCAAUUAAACUACCCAAGAUCAUUGGAAUUGGGCUUUGUGGUGUAUUUGAACUUAUAAAAGAGACAAGGUUCUCCCAUCCUGCACUGUGUCUGAGAAGUUUACAUGCUUUACUGGACAUGCUUCAGGGGCAGCAGCCAGAAGGCCUCCAGUCAGAGCCACCUGAUGUUUUAGAAUCUCUCUUCCAUUUAUUGUUAGAAACAACGAUACGAAGCACUGGAAUGGCAGAUCAUAUAAGCCAGUCCCUUACUGCUUUUUCUUGUGCCUGCCUCUUCAGUUUGGUUGUUGCUUGGGGGGAUACAGGCAAGAUUCUACAGGCUGUUUCAGCAAUUCUUACUAGUAAUGGCAGCCAUGCUUGCCAACCUAUUCAGGUGCCAACCAUUCUAAAUGCACUUCAAAGGAGUGUGCAAGCUGUUUUAGUUGGAAAAAUUCAAAUUCAGGACUGGUUCAGUAACGGAAUAAAGAAGAUAGCUUUAAUGCAGAAAUGGAUUUUAAAGGAAGUAUUUACAGAUGAAGAUGAUCAGUGCCUACUGCAGAGCGAUGGCUCAUUUCUGUAUCUGUUGGCUAAAGAUGGACUGUAUAAAAUUGGUUCCGGUUACAGUGGAACAGUCAGGGGCCAUGUAUACAACUCAACUUCCCGGAUAAGGAAUAGGAAGGACAGAAGAUCAUGGCUGGGAUUUGCACAGGGUUCUUUACUAUACAGGGAUUUAAGUAACCAUAAUAUGACAGCAAUGUCCAUAAAUCCAGAAACCUUGGAACAAGAAAGCACAGUUAAUCUUCCAGGUUGUCAAGCUGGAGGACAGAACAUUCUAUUCACCGAUGGAGAAUAUAUCAAUCAGAUUACUGCAUCAAAAGAUGAUGGUUUUGUAGUUCGGAUAUACACAACAAGCACGGAGCCUGUACUUCAACAGGAGCUGCAGCUCAAGUUAGCCAGGAAGUGUUUACAUGCCUGUGGCCUCUCUUUAUUUGAUCUAGAGAAAGACUUGCACAUCAUUAAUACAGGAUUUGAUGAGGAGUCGGCUUUAGUUGGAGCAGGUCGAGAAUUUGCACUAAUGAAAACUGCUAAUGGAAAGAUGCAUUAUACUGGUAAAUAUCAGAGCCUUGGAAUCAAACAAGGAGGACCUACUGCAGGAAAGUGGGUCGAAUUACCCAUCACAAAAUCGCCAAAGAUUGUACAGUUCUCUGUGGGUCAUGAUGGGUCUCAUGCCUUAAUGGUGGCUGAAGAUGGAAGUGUUUAUUUCACUGGGUUGGCCAGUAAAGGCGAGGAUGGUGAAUCAGCUAAAAGCAGACGCCAACCAAAACCUUACAAGCCAAAGAAAAUGAUUAAAAUGGAAAGCAAAACAGCAGUCUAUACAGCAUGCAACAAUGGAAGUAGUGCAAUCACAACAAAAGAGGGAGAACUGUACAUGUUUGGCAAAGAUGCUGUUUAUUGUGACAACUCAGGUCUUGUGACUGAGUUAAAGGGGCAUUUUGUGAGUCAAGUAGCUUUGGGUAAAGCACAUGCCUGUGUAUUGACGAAGAAUGGAGAAGUUUGGACAUUUGGAGUGAACAACAAGGGACAGUGUGGCAGGGAAACUGGUGCACUCUGUCAAGGAGGGAAAGGUUUUAAUGUAGAAAACAUGGCAACUGCGAUGGAUGAGGAUUUGGAAGAAGAGCUAGAUGAAAAGGAUGAAAAAUCCAUAAUGUGCUCUCCUGGAAUGCACAAAUGGAAGUUAGACCAAUGCAUGGUCUGCACUGUGUGUGGAGACUGUACAGGUUAUGGAGCAAGUUGUGUCAGCAGUGGACGGCCAGACAGAGUUCCUGGAGGGCUUUGUGGGUGUGGGUCUGGUGAGUCUGGCUGCGCUCUGUGUGGUUGUUGUAAGGCCUGUGCCCGAGAACUGGAUGGUCAAGAGGCAAGGCAGCGGGGAAUUCUUGAUGCUGUUAAAGAGAUGAUUCCUUUAGAUCUUCUUUUAGGACCUGUCCCGCCUGGAGUAAACAUAGAAGAACAUAUUCAACUGCGACAAGAAGAAAAGAGACAGCGGUUGAAUCGAAGACACAGGCUGGAAGAAGUGAGAGGCCCCAUUGUAUUUCCUGGUCCCAUUUAUUUGAAUCAUCGUGAACAGGCCAUAGCCAGACUAAGACCCCUUCCAGCAAAGCUAAAGCAUAAACGGGACAAGCAUAAAGAUGGUAAUGGAGAAAGGGGGGAUAAGGACACCAGCAAGAUUACAACAUACCCCCCAGGUGCUGUAUGUCUUGACUAUGAACUGCGAGCCAUCCAGAUUAGCUGUGGAUUCCAUCACUCAGUGAUUCUAAUGGAGAAUGGUGAUGUAUAUACAUUUGGAUAUGGACAACAUGGUCAGCUUGGACACGGAGAUGUAAAUUCAAGAGGGGCACCGACAUUGGUACAGGGUUUACCAGCUCCUUGCACUCAAGUAACUGCAGGCAGUAACCACACAGCUCUUCUAUUAGCAGAUGGACAGGUCUUCACAUUUGGAAGCUUCUCUAAAGGGCAGCUUGGUAGACCAAUUUUGGAUAUGCCUUUUUGGAACACAAGACCAUCUCCUAUGCCAAAUAUAGGCUCAAAAUAUGGUCGCAAGGCAACCUGGAUAGGUGCAAGUGGAGAUCAAACUUUUCUGCGCAUCGAUGAAGCACUUAUCAACUCGCAUGUUCUAUCAACUUCAGAAAUCUUUGCUAGCCGAAGCAUAAUAGGUUUGGUCCCUGCAUCUGUAACUGAGCCCCCGCCUUUUAAAUGCCUGUUAAUCAAUAAACUGGAUGGAAGCUGCAGGACAUUUAAUGAUUCAGAGCAGGAAGACUUGCGAGGAUUUGGAGUUUGCUUGGAUCCUGUGUAUGAUGUAAUUUGGAGAUUUAUACCAGGUAGAAAAGAAGUUUGGUGUUACAAUGCAGUUACAGCGGAUGCUAGGCUUCCAGCAGGAUCAGAAAUGCACAGUAGAUGUAAUAUACUGAGUCCGGAGCUUGCACUCCCAACAGGAUCUAAAGCAAAUACUACAAGGUCUCAUGGGGCCUUACACAUUCUAGGUUGUUUGGAUACAUUGGCUGCCAUGCAGGACUUGAAAAUGGGUGUUAUGAAUACAGAAGAGGAGAUACAAGCGGUUACUAAAGUUUAUUCCAAGGAGGAUUAUAGUGUGGUUAAUAGAUUUGAAAGUCAUGGAGGUGGCUGGGGGUAUUCUGCUCAUUCUGUGGAAGCCAUUCGCUUUACUGCAGAUACAGAUAUACUGCUUGGAGGUCUUGGCUUGUUUGGUGGGAGAGGUGAAUACACAGCUAAAAUCAAGCUGUUUGAGCUGGGUCCUGAUGGAGGAGAUCAUGAAACAGAUGGUGACCUGCUGGCAGAAACUGAUGUACUUGCUUAUGAUUGUGCUGCAAGGGAGAAAUAUGCAAUGAUGUUUGAUGAGCCUGUGCUUUUGCAGGCAGGCUGGUGUUAUGUGGCUUGGGCAAGAGUUUCAGGACCCAGUAGUGAUUGUGGUUCCCAUGGACAAGCCUCUAUCACCACUGAUGAUGGUGUGGUUUUCCAGUUCAAAAGCUCAAAGAAGUCCAAUAAUGGGACCGACGUGAAUGCAGGACAAAUACCACAGUUAUUGUACAGGUUACCAUCAAGUGAUGGCAAUUCUGGGAAAGGAAAACAACAGCCUAGUGAACCAGUACAUAUUUUGAGAAGAACUUUUGCCAGAACUGUCUCAGUGGAGUGUUUUGAAUCACUGCUGAGCAUUCUUCAGUGGAGCUGGACGACCCUGGUUUUGGGAGUGGAGGAGCUUCAGGGGUUAAAAGGCUUUCAAUAUACUGCCACAUUGCUUGAUUUGGAACGUCUAAAAUUUGUUGGUACUUGUUGCCUGCGACUGCUGCGUGUCUACAUCUGCGAAAUUUACCCAAUAUCAGCUGGUGCUAAAGCUGCAGUGGAGGAAACAAGCAAACUGGCAGAAUGUGUAGGGAAGACUCGGUCUCUUCUGAGAAAGAUUUUAUCAGAAGGAGUUGACCAUUGUAUGUUGAAGCUUGACAAUGAUCCUCAUGGCUACCAUUCACAACCCAAGACAUUACUGGAAACUGUUCUUCAGGAAUGCCACAACACCUUUACAGCUUGCUUUCAUUCUUUUUAUCCUACCCCGGGAUUGCAGUGGGCAUGUCUAUGUGACUUGCUUAAUUGUCUAGAUCAGGAUAUACAGGAAGCAAACUUCAAGACAUCAAGUAGCCGGUUGCUUGCAGCAGUCAUGUCUGCACUCUGCCACUCUUCAGUCAAACUGACCACAAUCCUUCCCAUUGCUUAUGAUGGUGAGGUAUUGCUUCGAUCCUUGGUGAAGCAGUCUAGCACAGAGAAUGAAUCUGCCAUGGCUCAUAGAUUUGGUCUACUCGUAUCUCAUAUGGAGAAGCUCAGCCAGAUUGAAGAAAAUAUUACAAGUAUGACCAGCUUUCGAGAAGUGCUGGAAAAAAUGUUGGUCAUUGUAGUACUUCCAGUUCGAAAGAGUCUCAGAAGAGAGGUAGAACUCUUUUCUCCUCUUCUGGUUUCUAAUACAUGUGGUCUUCUUGCUAGUAUAGUGAGUGAACUCACUGCAUCAGCACUAGGAUCUGAGGUUGAUGGAUUGAGUUCCCUUCACUCUGUCAAAGCUACACCAAACCGGUUUAUUAAAACUAGCCAAGGUCGAAGUUGGAAUACUGGUAAUGGGUCACCAGAUGCAAUCUGUUUCUCUGUCGACAAACCUGGUGUAGUUGUGGUUGGAUACCAUGUAUAUGGAGGAGGUGGCAUUCAUGAAUAUGAGCUAGAAGUGUUGGUUGAUGAUAGUGAGCACACUGGUGAUUCAGCACAUUCUCACAGGUGGACUUCCUUAGAACUAGUGAAAGGUACCUACAGCACUGAUGAUUCAUCUAGUGAUAUGGCAGAGAUCAGAUUGGAUAAGCCUGUCCCUUUAAAGGAAAAUGUGAAAUAUGCAGUACGUCUAAGGAACUAUGGAAGUAGGACUGCAAAUGGAGAUGGAGGGAUGACUACUGUUCAGUGCCCAGAUGGUGUAACAUUCACUUUUAGUACAUGCAGCCUCAGCAGUAAUGGAACUAAUCAAACGCGAGGUCAGAUCCCUCAGAUACUUUAUUACAGGAGUGAGUUUGAUGGAGAUCUACAAUCGCAACUACUUAGCAAAGCUAAUGAGGAAGAUAAAAACUGCAGCAGAGCCCUUUCUGUCGUGUCUGCUGUUGUUCGUGCAGCUAAGGAUUUGCUGCAUAGAGCUCUAGCUGUUGAUGCUGAAGAUAUUCCAGAACUGCUCAGCUCAUCCAGUCUGUUGUCAAUGCUUCUUCCCCUUAUCCUGGCUUACAUUGCACCAGUUGCUGCUAAUGUACCAAAAGCUGCAGUUGAAGUUUUUGGUCUUGUUCAUGAGCUUUUGCCUCCAGUUGCAACAUUAAAUCAGAAAUAUGCUCCACCUGCCUUUAAUCCAAAUCAGUCAACAGACAGUGCAACAGGCAAUCAGCCUGAGCAAGGCCUCUCAGCAUGUACUACUUCUAAUCAUUAUGCUGUGGUGGAGAGUGACCACCCUUACAAGCCUGCAAGUGUCAGUCAACUAAAGGUAACUUUUCCAGAUUGUGUGAGAUGGAUGACUGUUGAAUUUGACCCACUGUGUGGUACUGCACAGCCAGAGGAUGUCCUCCGUUUGUUGAUUCCUAAUAAAGCCUCCCAAAGUUCAGGAUUUGGGCCAAAAAAUAUAAGCCAUGAUGUCCUUAAUUCAUGGAUUGAAUUAAAGAAAUUUUCUGGUUCUACUGGAUGGCCGACAACAGUCCUUGUUUUACCAGGAAAUGAUGCCAUCUUCUCUUUGGAGACUGCGUCAGACUAUGUGAAAGACGAGAAGUCCUGUUUUUAUGGCUUCAAAUGUGUCGUCGUGGGUUACGAAUUCAAUCCUGGUCCUGAUGAGGGAAUCUUGCAACUAGAAAAAGAGUUGGCAUAUCUUGGAAGCAUGUGUGCAGCAUCUUUAAUGAGAAAAGACCUCGCACUUCCUAUUGGUAAUGAAGUAGAGGAAGAUCUUGAAAUUCUUGAAGAAUCAGCUUUGCAGGUCUGUAAAAACCAUGCUGGCUUAUUAGGAAAGGGCCUUGCAUUGUCUCGUUCACCAACAAUCUUGGAGGCACUUGAUGGAAAUCUUCCCCUCCAUGUGCAAAGCAAUGAACACUCUUUUUUGGAGGACUUCAUUGCCUGUAUACCUGGCUCUAGUGGUGGACGUCUUGCAAGGUGGCUUCAGCCAGAUUCUUAUGCAGAUCCACAGAAAACUUCCUUGGUACUGAAUAAAGAUUACAUCAAGUGUGGCUGGCCUGCUACCAUCACAGUUCAGACUAAAGACCAAUAUGGAGAUGUUGUUUAUGCUCCAAAUCUCAAGGUUGAGGUGAAGGCUGUUCCUCUCUCUCAAAAGAAAUCUGUGCAGCAGGAGAGUAGUAAAAAAUUGCACCGAAUUCCAGGUAGCCCACCUGUGAUUGCUUCUAAUACUGAUAUGACAUUUGGUGGAUUGCCAUUUCCCAAGCUGGAAGCAUCCUAUGAACCAAUGAUAGUAAAAGAAGCUCGAUAUACAGCAAUCACUAUGAUGAAGGCAUAUGAAAAUUAUUCAUUUGAAGAACUUCGGUUUGCAUCGCCCACACCUAAAAGGCCAAGUGAAAAUAUGUUAAUUCGAGCUAAUAAUGAUGGUACAUACAGUGCAAACUGGACGCCUGGAGCUGUGGGCCUUUACACCAUCCAUGUCACAAUAGAUGGGAUUGAAACGGAUGCUGGUCUAGAAGUAGAAGUAAAAGACCCACCAAAGGGUAUGAUACCUCCAGGCUCUCAAAUGGUCAAACCAAAGGUUGAACAGCAACCAAGCAAGGUCCGCAAAUUUGUGACAAAGGACAGUGCAGGGCUUCGUAUACGUAGCCAUCCUUCUCUUCAGAGUGAGCAGAUAGGCAUAGUGAAGGUCAAUGGAACCAUCACUUUCAAUGAUGAGAUCCACAAUGAUGAUGGGGUAUGGCUGAGACUGAAUGAUGAGACUUUAAAGAAGUAUGUUCCCAACAUGAAUGGUUACACUGAAGCCUGGUGCCUCUCUUUUAACCAACACCUGGGCAAGAGCCUUCUGGUCCCUGUUGAUGAGCCUAAAUCCAUCACUGAUGAUUACUUCAGAGAAGUAAAUUCACGUCGGUCCCAUGAAGUAGUGUUGAAAGAGCAGGAAAAGAUGUUCCUGCAAGGCGGACCAGGAGUAUAUAAGGUAGUGAAGACUGGGCCUUCAGGGCACAACAUCAGGAGCUGCCCUAACCUUAGAGGUAUCCCCAUUGGAAUGUUAGUACUUGGGAACAGAGUCAAGGCAUUAGGCGAGGUAACAAACCAUGAGGGCUCGUGGAUUCAACUUGAUAAGAACAGCAUGGUGGAAUUCUGUGAAAGUGGUGAUGGUGAGGCCUGGUCUUUGGCCAGAGACCGAGGUGGUAACCAGUACUUAAGACAUGAAGAGGAACAAGUGCUAUUGGAUCAAGCACCUCAGACGCCUCCACCCAGUCCUUUCACAGCUCCUGCUUUCAACAGAAGUGCUGGUGGCAACAGUCAAGGAUUUGAUUACAGCCUUGCAAAUACCAAAGAUGAAGUAACAAGUCUAGAUUUAGGAUCGUUCACAGAACCUGGUGAUAAAGGAAACGCUGUAGUAUCUGGAAGGCCUUCAACUCCUUCUGGAAACAUUGACUUGCCCUUCAAACACAAAACUGAAAAUCAAUUGCAAAAAAUCGAAGGUCGGAUCAACAAGGUUGCUGUAGAACAAACAAAGGCAAAAAAUGCAGAAAAUUUGACUGCUAGCGAAUCUCUAAUGCUUAAAUCUGAUGCUGCCAAGUUGAGGUCAGACUCUCAUAGUCGAUCUCUUUCACCAAAUCACAAUACAUUACAAUUGCUAAAAACUGAUGAGAGGACAAUCAUUGGACCAAGGGCAGAAUCACCAGCGCCAGGUUCACGGUCAGUAUUGCCAAAGCAAAAGUUGUCUGGUAAAGCUAUCUCAUCGAGUGCUAAUUCUCCAAGGUCAUACUCUCCACAUGAGAAAAACUUAACUCAUAAAAUCAAUACAGCCUCAAAAAUUAAGUUGGAUCCACCACGGGAGAGAUCAAAAUCUGAUUCCUAUACUUUGGACCCUGAUACAGUUCGUAAGAAAAGAGUUCCUCUGACUGAGAACUUGCGAGGGCGCUCAACUUCACCCAAACCAAAACUAUUACCCAAGGAGGCUAAGCCUGCCACCAGCAUGGAAAACAGAGUGCCAUCCCCUCAGAUUGUGCAAGAAAAUCUCCACAGUGAGAUAGUUGCUAUUUGUACAUCUAGUACUCUGACAACAACCAGCAAUUCAGAUGCAGUAUCUGAAAAGCGAGUGGAAUUACACAACCCUGAAGACUCCACCCCAAAGGUUCACUUCAGCAUUGGCAAAGGUCCACCCAAAGAAGAACAAGAAACUCGAUCAUCCCCAAAGAUGAGCCGUAAGAGUACUGGCAGACAUGCAAGGCCCAAGAAGGAGAAAAUGGGAACCAUUUUCAAAGAAGAAAAUGCUUCUUCAUCUGUUGAGCCACCAAAGCGAGCAAUGUCCCCUUCUGUUGCGGAAUGUGCACGUGCUGUAUUUGCAGCUUUCCUGUGGCAUGAAGGGAUUGUCCAUGAUGCCAUGGCAUGCUCAUCUUUCUUAAAGUUCAAUCCUGACCUGAAUAAAGAGCAUGCACCAAUGAGAAGCAGCCUUUACAACCAACCAGGGAUUGAGGAAAGAGAAACAAAACUAAAGAACAGGCACUCAUUGGAAAUAUCGUCUGCUCUAAACAUGUUUAAUAUUUCUCCUCAUGGUCCAGACAUAUCUAAAAUGGGCAGCAUUAAUAAAAAUAAAGUGCUCUCAAUGCUCAAAGAACCCCCAUUGCCUGAAAAAAAUGAAGAUGGAAAGGUAGAUUCAACAGUCUAUGAACCUUCAAACCAUUAUUCUGUGAAGAGCAAGUCCCCAUUGCCACUCACUUUACAGCACCUGGUUGCCUUUUGGGAGGAUAUUUCAAUGGCAACCAUCAAAGCAGCCACUCAGAAUAUGAUCUUUCCUAGUCCUGGUUCAAGUGCUGUAUUGAAGAAAAAAGAGAAUGAGAAAGAUAACAAAAAGAGCAAGAAAGAAAAGAAAAAGAAAGACAAAGCAGAAGCAAGACCACGAGGAAAUCUCUUCGGCGAAAUGGCACAGCUUGCAAUGGGAGGCCCGGAGAAAGAUACUAUAUGUGAACUGUGUGGUGAAUCUCAUCAAUAUCCAGUAACGUAUCACAUGAGACAAGUUCAUCCAGGUUGUGGUCGCUAUGCUGGAGGACAGGGGUAUAAUAGCAUUGGUCACUUCUGUGGAGGAUGGGCAGGUAACUGUGGCGAUGGAGGUGUCGGAGGAAGCACCUGGUAUCUGGUAUGUGACCGUUGCAGGGAGAAAUAUCUUCGGGAAAAACAAGCUGCAGCUCGUGAAAAGGUUAAACAGGCCAGGAAAAAACCUGUGCAGGUUAAGACUCCACGGGCCCUGCCUUCCAUGGAAGCUCAUCAAGUGAUAAAAGCAAACUCUAUGUUCUUGCUGUCACUGAGCAGUGCAGCAGAACCAAAUAUUCUUUGCUACCAACCUCCAAGGCCUUUCCAUUCACAUCUUCCAAGUUUGAAAGAGGGCAUUUCUGAUGAAUUCUCCAAUAAAUAUCCAUGCCUCUAUCUACAGACUCUUGCCAGACAACAUUCAGAAAACUUUGCUGGCUACCAUGACGAUCACCUUUUCCAAGAUGAAAUGAGAUAUCUUCGUUCCACCUCUGUACCAGCACCAUACAUUUCAGUCACACCAGAUGCUUGCCCUCAUGUCUUUGAUGAGCCUGAAACUAAUCUGAAAUCAAUGCCUCCCAGUCUUGAAACAAGUCCUAUAAUGGAAAAUGAUACAACAAAGCGCAGCGUCUUCCAACGAUCUUACUCAGUUGUUGCAUCAGAGUACGACAAACAGCACUCAACGUCACCUGCCCGGGUGAAAGCUAUUCCCAGGCGCAGAGUCAACAGUGGUGACGCAGAAGUGGGGUCAUCUCUCCUUCGACAUCCAUCUCCUGAGCUCUCUCGUCUGAUCUCGGCUCAUAGUUCUCUGCCCAAAGGAGAAAGAAAUUUCCAGUGGCCUGUUCUAGCAUUUGUCAUCCAGCACCAUGAUUUAGAAGGGUUGGAAAUGGCAAUGAGACAUGCCCUAAGGAAAUCUGCUUGCAGAGUGUAUGCUCUGGAGGCCUUCAAUUGGUUGUUGUGUAGUGUAAUUCAGACAACUGCUCUCCACGAUAUUCUCUGGCAGUUUGUGGCUUCUCUGACUCCAGCUCCCUUGGAAUCAGAAGAUGAGGAAGUUGAUGAUAACAAAGUGAACAAAGAGAAUGGAGAACAGGAGAAAGAUACUGGAGUAUGUGAACAUCCAUUGUCUGAUAUUGUGAUUGCUGGGGAAGCAGCUCAUCCUUUACCUCAGACUUUCCACCGCCUCCUGCAAACUAUUUCAGACUUAAUGAUGUCACUCCCCAGUGGCAGUUCACUGCAACAGAUGGCUCUACGAUGCUGGAGUCUAAAAUUCAAGCAGUCUGAUCAUCAAUUCCUUCAUCAGAGUAAUGUUUUUCACCACAUCAAUAACAUUCUUUCUAAAUCUGAUGAUGGUGAUAGUGAAGAAAGCUUUAAUAUCAGUGUACAGUCUGGUUAUGAAGCAUUAAAUCAGGAGCUCUGUGCAGUAACGUGCUUGAAGGACCUCACAGGGAUUGUAGAUAUUAAAACGUCUAGUAGACCUGCCAUGAUUGGUAGCCUGACAGAUGGAUCAACAGAAACCUUCUGGGAAUCGGGUGAUGAAGACAAGAACAAAACAAAGAGUAUAACCAUAAAUUGUGUCAAAGGAAUUUGUGCUCGUUUUGUAUCCGUGCAUGUGGAUAAUUCUCGAGAUUUGGGGAACAAGGUAUCUUCCAUGACUUUUUAUUCUGGAAAAGCAACUGAAGAUCUAAGCAGAAUUAAACAAACCGAUAUGGAUUCCAGACAUAUGGGAUGGGUAACCAGUGAGCUUUCAGGAGGAGAUAAUCACAUAAUUAAAAUAGAACUCAAAGGCCCUGAGAACACCUUGAGAGUUCGUCAAGUCAAAGUUUUGGGAUGGAAGGAUAGUGAAAGCAUCAAAAUUGGUGGACAAAUCUCAGCCAGUGUUGCUCAGCAGAAGAACUGUGAAGCAGAGACUCUUAGAGUUUUCCGACUUAUAACAUCACAGGUGUUUGGUAAACUAAUAUGUGGCGAUGCAGAACCUACACCUGAGUUAGAAGACAAAACCAUUUUGUCAUCACCAGAGGGAGAAGAAAAGGUAUCUGAUGCUGAUUUAAAGGAACAUAUGGUUGGAAUCAUAUUUAGCAGAAGCAAGCUAACAAAUCUACAAAAACAGGUAUGUGCACAUAUAGUGCAGGCCAUACGAAUGGAAGCUACACGUGUGCGAGAAGAAUGGGAACAUGCCAUAUCCAGCAAGGAAAAUGCUAAUUCUCAGCCAAACGAUGAGGACGCUUCUUCAGAUGCAUACUGUUUUGAGCUUUUAUCUAUGGUGCUUGCUCUGAGUGGAUCUAAUGUAGGAAGACAAUAUUUAGCCCAGCAGCUCACCUUAUUGCAAGACCUUUUCUCCUUACUACAUACAGCUUCACCCAGGGUUCAAAGACAGGUGACCUCUUUGCUACGCCGUGUUCUGCCAGAAGUAACACCAGUCCGUCUUGCUAGCAUAAUAGGCGUGAAAUCUCUUCCACCAGCAGAUAUCAGUGACAUCAUUCACUCCACAGAGAAAGGAGACUGGAAUAAAUUAGGAAUUCUGGACAUGUUCCUGGGAUGCAUUUCUAAAGCCCUCACUGUGCAGCUGAAAGCCAAAGGGAGUAGUUUUCCUGGUAUGGUGGCUGGGAAAGGGGUAACUUCCAUUACAUUGCCAUCAGUCUUCAACUCUGGCUCUAUUCGACGAGGUGAAAGUCACUGGUGGAUGAAAGGCUCCACACCUCCACAAAUUUCUGAAAUAAUAAUUAAACUAAUAAAGGAUAUGGCAGCAGGGCACCUGUCAGAAGCCUGGUCCCGUGUGACAAAGAAUGCUAUUGCUGAAACAAUAAUAGCCCUGACAAAAAUGGAAGAGGAAUACAGGGUUCCUUUUCAGUGCACCUCAACAACCAGGCUAUGGUUGGCUCUUGCUUCAUUGUGUGUGCUGGAUCAAGACCAUGUUGAUAGGCUUUCCUCUGGCAGAUGGAUGGGGAAAGAUGGCCAACAAAAACAAAUGCCAAUGUGUGACAACCAUGAUGAUGGUGAGACUCCAGCAAUUAUCCAUUGUAAUGUGUGUGGGAAUCUUUGCACAGACUGUGACCGGUUUCUUCAUCUUCACAGAAGGACGAGGUCUCAUCAAAGACAGGUGUUUAAAGAAGAAGAGGAAGCAAUUAAAGUAGAUCUUCAUGAAGGCUGUGGAAGAACCAAGCUGUUCUGGCUUAUGGCACUUGCAGACUCAAAAACCAUGAAAGCAAUGGUAGAGUUCAGGGAACAUACAGGCAAACCUGCAUCAAGCAGCUCAGAAACAUGUCGAUUCUGUGGAUCAAGAAAUGGAACAGAGCUGUCUGCAGUGGGCAGUGUGUGCUCUGAUGCAGACUGCCAAGAAUAUUCUAAAACCGCUUGUGGCAAGACCCAUUCCUGUGGCCAUCCCUGUGGGGGCGUUAAAGACGAAGUGCGCUGUUUACCUUGCUUACAUGGCUGUGAUAAAAGUGCAGUAUCUCUCAAGCAAGAUGCUGAUGACAUGUGCAUGAUAUGCUUUACAGAGGCACUUUCAGCAGCUCCUGCAGUUCAGUUGGAGUGUAGUCAUGUUUUCCAUCUGCAUUGCUGUAGACGGGUUCUUGAAAAUCAGUGGGUAGGCCCAAGAAUAACCUUUGGAUUUAUGGCAUGUCCAAUAUGUAAGAACAAAAUAAAUCAUCUAGUAUUGAAAGACUUGCUUGAUCCUAUCAAAAACCUGUAUGAAGAUGUAAAGAGAAAGGCUCUAAUGAGGCUGGAAUAUGAAGGAUUACACAAAAGUGAUGCCAUCACCACUCCCGGUGUUCGUUUUUACAAUGAUCCCGCUGGAUUUGCAAUGAAUAGAUACGCUUACUACGUUUGCUACAAAUGUAAAAAAGCAUACUUUGGAGGUGAAGCACGAUGUGAUGCUGAAGCAGGCCAAGGUGAUGACUAUGACCCAAGGGAAUUGAUUUGCGGUGCCUGUUCAGAUGUCUCCAGAGCUCAGAUGUGUCCCAAACAUGGAACGGACUUCCUGGAGUAUAAGUGUCGGUACUGCUGCUCUGUGGCAGUGUUCUUUUGCUUUGGAACAACACAUUUCUGUAAUGCUUGCCAUGAUGACUUCCAAAGGAUGACAAGUAUCCCAAAGGAAGAACUUCCGCAUUGCCCUGCAGGUCCAAAAGGAAAGCAGCUUGAGGGAGCUGAGUGUCCUCUUCACGUUAUUCACCCCUCCACCGGUGAGGAGUUUGCUUUAGGUUGUGGCGUAUGCAGAAAUGCUCAUACUUUCUGAACAUGCAAAAAGGAGAGGUUCCUUCAGAUUCCCAAGCCUUUUAAUACCUUCAGUUUCUGAAGUCAGCAAAUGGAGUUGAUCGUGGUCAUUGGAAUGAGAUGUGAUACACAAAAGUUUAAGAAUUUUGUGUACAAGUUGCUAUAAGUGACUCGAGUUUUCCAAAAGGCUUUAAUUUGUGAAGUGUUUGCAUGCUGCAGUUGUAAUCCUCGGCUGUAAAGCAUCACACACCUAUAUGGUACCUUGACAGGAGGUGCUUUUUCUAAAAGCAGUUGGGAUUUAAGUCAAGGACAGCUUUCAAACUAAACGUUUGAAGAAUUGCUAUAAGUACUUCAAGUACUACUUUUGGCUAACCCUGUACAGUAUUCUUGGAAAUUGCAACAUGUCACAGGUUGAGAGUAUAUUCUGGUUCAUUUGAUAGACUGUUGAGGAUGUGUUAGGGCUUGUUGUGUAUGAAUAUCAUAAUGUAUAUAUGGUAUCAGUGUUAGGUGUAUUACAAAGUUGCUAUGUUACACUGCAAUUUUCAUUUAAACUUCUGGGUUAUGUUUGAGCCUGAAUUUUAAUGAAGUGCAAUACUGGGUGUGCCUCCUAUCUUGCAGCUGUAAACAUAUGGAAUGUAUAUGUCAAUAAAACCGCUGUACAUUUUUAUACAGUGAAAAUCCGUUGUGUGAAUGGGAAAUCAUUCAGUCACUGUGUGUGUAUAUGUACGUGUACAUAGAAUACUGACUGAGUUUAGUUGGAAAUGGGAGUUGAAUCAUUAAUUCAGAAGAGUGCAUUGUGCUAAUGUAUUCACUUUUGUGAAGCAGGUGCAGAUAAAUUUUAAAAAUUGCCUUCAUGUUUCAGGGGCUUUAUAACGUUUCACUUCAGAAGCAUAUCAGAACAUCAGUUUUGCACAUUUGUCUCUAAGCAACAUCCUCCCCUGUAAAGGGAAGAAAUAAUAGGCUUGGUUUAUUUGUCACACAAGUUUCAAUUUUUUUUUAAAUUGCAUUGGUUGGACUUGCCAUGUAUGCUGUAAACUUACCGUAUAUAAGUAAGACUUUUGCUUCAACUAAACAUGUUUAUUAAAGUACUAAAUAGUGCA